CUAACUUGCCUUUCUUUGAUACUGAUGAUGAUGAAAGCUUUAUGAAUGCUAAAAUAAAUAAUGUUGAUAUUUCUAAAUAUAUUUACAGCACAGAAGAUAAAGAAAUAGUAACUAAUAAUGAUAAAUUGGAUUUUGAGGAUGACUAUAAAGAAAAUACUAA